AUCAACACUUUGCGGCAGCCGAUUCAAACACUACGCCUGCCAAAUCGUUCGUACCGUGUCGUGUGUGCGGCGACAAAGCGUCWGGUUAUCACUAUGGCGUCACGUCGUGCGAGGGAUGCAAGGGGUUCUUCAGACGGAGUAUACAAAAACAAAUCGAAUAUCGGUGUCUGAGGGACGGCAAAUGUUUGGUGAUCAGAUUAAACAGAAAUCGAUGUCAGUACUGCCGAUUCAAAAAAUGUCUUACGGUUGGCAUGUCCAGGGAUU